CUAUCAUUUAGCCUCUUCCCCAUGUCAUCUUCGUUUCCUCCUUUCAUGAGCUCGCUUGAAAGGCAAUAUUGGUGAUAGCUGACAGCAGGCAUGCGAGCGCAAGAGAACAUAUUUGCUGACUUAUAUUUUAAAUGAGCUCCAGAGGACUGAGAGAACACUAGUCUGCUGCUGACAAGGAUUUCAAUUCAAGGAGUCUUGGUAUGGUGAAAUGGUUUUCUUUCCCAGAAGCUGCUUGCACCCUCUGCACACAGCACUGAAGGCAGCCGAGGCCGGUGUCAGUCCCGCUUUCUCAUGUUUCGUCACUGUUGUUCUCUGCAACUUUCAUCUCUCGGUUUUCUCUCCCCGGUUUCUGUCUGAAACACAGACCAUCUCUCUUUCAGUGAGAACACCGUCCUCAUGUCGGCCCCUGCGACCUUUAACCUUUCCACCCUCGGCGAGGUGAAGCCCGGCGGGGCGCCGGAGGCCGGCGCGGCCGCCUGUCCUCAGGUGUUCAUGGUGGACAGCCAGGCCAGCUACAUCAGCAUGCCCAAGCAGAGGAAGCCCAGGACGACCACGGCUCACAGGCUGCUGCUCCUGCUGGUGGGCCUGGCCUUGCUGGGACUGCUCUUAGAAGGAUAUUUUAUCUACAAACUUUAUCAAAGGAUAGAGCCGUUUUCUCCUUCUAUAUGCCACCCCGCCUGUCAGAACCAGUCUAAUCACGCCACAUCUGGCCAGCAGGUACGUACUGGCAGCACGAUGAGUCAAGUGGGGCUCAAAGAUCUAAAUCAGAUUAACAUGCAAAAGAGGGCCUUUGCUCACCUGAUUGGCGCCAAGAAUCAUACAUUGGAGAACAACGUGGUGCAGUGGGUGAAAGAAGGCGAAGCCUUCAUUCAUAACAUGAACUACGGCAAAGACGGGCUGGUCGUGCAGAAGGAGGGUUACUAUUACAUCUACUCCAAAGUACAAGUCAAUGCUGCAGAGGACUGCUUGCUCAUCCAGCACAAGGUCAUCAGGGUUACCAAAGCCUAUGACCUUCCCAUCGAGCUCAUGAAAUCAAAAAGUUUCCGCUGCAGGACUCCAAAACCUUCAAAUGCAAAACCUUCAACUAGUGACGAUCUGUGGAACAAUUAUUUGGGGGGGAUUUUUCAUGUGCAUGGAGGAGACAGAAUUAUUGUGGAAUUGGAGAGUAAACAGAGUGUGCAGCUGCAUUCAGGACUCAGUGAAAACUUCAUGGGGGCCUUCAUGAUUUCUCCUUGGAAGAAUAAUUGAAACGUAUUGUGUCCUGCUUUUUCCAUGUGUUGGUUUACAAACACAUGCUGUGAUAAUUUAAUGCAAAUACAUAUAAUAUAUGCAUCAAUCAAUAUUCGAAUAUUUAACGUUCUUGAUGAAUGUGAUUUAAUCCUUUGUGAAAAAAAUGACAACAUAAAGUUUGUGGUAUCAUUGAAACAGAUCUGAAAUUCAGGUUUUUUAAACCUUCUGAAUAUUUUUGUUGUUCCAUAGUUUUGUUUUCUUAAUAAAAUGUUUUGACAUA